UAUUGGACAGGGAACCAGAUUAACAGAGUCGAUGCUCUUCAUUCGGAGUUAUGUUUAGUACUGCCACGUCAAAUUGAACAGAUAUUAAAAUAUUUAUCUCAUUUUAAAGAGUUACACACUGUUUUAAGGCAUAAAUAACAAAGAUGGUUUCUGUUAUGAAUUCAAUAGACACUGCACAUGAAGAUAUGAUUCAUGAUGCACAGUUAGACUAUUACGGAACAAAGUUAGCCACAUGCUCUUCAGAUCGUUCCAUUAAAGUGUUUGAUGUGAAAGGUGGACAGCAGAGGCUUAUUACAGAUCUUAGAGGACAUGAGGGACCAGUAUGGCAACUUGCGUGGGCACAUCCAAUGUAUGGUAACCUUAUAGCUUCCUGUGGAUACGACAGAAAAGUUAUCAUUUGGAAAGAAACAAACAGUACUUGGGGAAAAUUGUAUGAAUACUCUAAUCAUGACUCAUCAGUAAAUUCAGUGUGUUUUGCUCCACAUGAAUUAGGCUUGGUUCUAGCAUGCGGAAGUUCAGAUGGUUCUGUUUCUGUUUUGUCAAGUACAGGAGAUGGUAGUUGGGAUGCCAAAAAAAUCAAGAGUGCACACACAAUUGGCUGCAAUGCAGUAAGCUGGGCACCAGCACUAUCACCAAAUGCAUUGUUUGAACAGACUGGUCGGCCAGCAUUAGUGAAGAAACUUGUAUCAGGAGGAUGUGACAAUUUGGUCAAAAUCUGGAGAGAGGAAGAUGGAGAAUGGAUUGAGGAACAGAAACUUGAAGGUCACAGUGAUUGGGUACGAGACGUAGCCUGGGCACCGUCGAUAGGUCUACCUAAAAGUAUCAUAGCCAGUUGUUCACAGGACUGUAGAGUUAUCAUCUGGACCAAUGACGGCACAAGCAAUAACUGGUCAUCAUCAGUGUUAAACAAAUUUAAAGAUGUUGUUUGGCAUCUCAGCUGGUCAAUAACCGGAAAUAUACUUGCAGUAUCAGGGGGAGAUAACAAGGUCAGUUUAUGGAAAGAAACAUUAGAAGGACAGUGGGUGUGUAUCAGUGAUGUCAAAAAAGGUCAAGGUCAGGUCACAGACAGCCAAUCACAAGCAAGCAGGAACUUAUGAUCUUCAGUGCAUGUGAACUGACAUUAGUGCAUGUUAAGUUACGAAAUGAAAUUACAUGUGAACUGACAUUGGUGCAUGUGAAGUUAUGAAAUGGAAUUACUUGUUUAAUUAUGAUAAGUUAACUAUGAUUACAUGUUCACUUUGAUGCAAAGUGUUGUAAAAAUCUUGCUGUUUCGUCUUGAGUAUAGAAAAUUCAAACAUUUUUUCUUUACAAUCGGAGAUUUUUAGCGCUGUGUUUUAUACAGACUCACUGAUAGGCAUUUUCUAAAUUUCAUAUUUACAUCAUGGCGUCUUACAAAGCUUAAAGUGAGUUAAAUUGUGUUUACCUCAGUUGGUCUAUCUCUUGUAUGGAACAGAGAACAUUUAACACUUGGCAAUAUUUAACAGUAAGAAAACUGAUCAAUAAAAAUUUGCAGCAUAGCAAGGCAGAUGCUAAGUUUUUACAGUUUUCAAGUCAUACAAAUCACCGAUGUCUAAUUCGACACUAUAUAAAUGAUUUUCUUCAUAAAUGCUGUAUUCUCGGAGUAGCCUGCAGGAGCGUUUGUACAGGUUACAAUUUCAUAACUACGGGGAUAAUUGCAUAGUUACAGUGGACAUAUUGCACUUGUGAGAAAACUAUAUUCAGUACCGAAGAGAAAGUAUAUAUCCUACCCAAUUCACAGAAAUUGAUCAGUAUCAUUACAAACAAGUCCAGAAACCAGAUUGUGACAAACUAAAGGAAAGAAUUUGCUUUGUGCUAGCCAGUAUGCUGUUUCCUAGUAUUACUGUGACAAAAAAGUUCGAGAAAGAAGGGACAGCUUCAGACUUAAUGAAGUUUGGCAUAACCUAGAUUCAACAUCUUGCAAGAGCUAAUACCCAAGUGCUAAUACGUUAAAAAGACAGUUAUUUUCUUUUUUUUGUCAUAAACGCUCGAGAGUGGCAGCUUCUGUGUAAAUUAAAACAAAAUGAAAUGCCUUUCCACAUGGUGAUUGAUGCAUUGUUUUGUAAUCGUUGUUUGACUCUUUAAAUAAUUUUUCCUAAAUUUUUCCACUGUUAUUCCAAUUUAUUGGUGUGUACGACAAAUACACAAUAUAUUGUAGCAGGAAAGAGAAAUUUACUGGCUGUAAGGCAAUAUAAAUAGCAUACCAGUAUUGUACUUUCUUGUUUGAAUAAUGAAAAAGACAGCAAAAUAAACAUUUUUAUUUUGAA